UAUGAGUUUAUUUUAAUAAUUUUGCAAUUUUGCGAAAAAGAUUAAAGGAUUUUUCAUAAUAAAUCCUUUGAAAUAUGGCUGAUGCCUGGGAUGAUAUCAAGGCCGUGAAAAGCAAACGCAAUACGCUCAGAGAAAAGUUGGAACAGCGUAAAAAGGAAAGACAUGGUAUUCUGCAAGCCACCGGGGCCACUAAUUUAGCGGCUUCUUCAAAAGCCGAUGAAAAUAAUAUUGGAGUUGUCAAGAAUCCAGCUAUAGUAAGAAAAGCGGAAAAUGAAGCUGACACUAUAGUGGAGCAAGCACUGCUGGAAAUUCUAACAACACCAUCGCUAGUAUUACCCAUAAUUUCUACUCAAUUGCUAAAGAAAGUAUCGCUCAUAACCAAAUGUGCGGUAGUUGCUGAGAGUGUUGAUUAUAUAUUGAAUAAAUUGGCCAAACAGGGUGCCGUUUGUAUCAAGCGGGUUACGAUUGGCGAGGAAAGUGGCUGUGAGGUUAUAUCUUUAGAAUCUAAAGUUCUAUUAGAUCUUUAUAAGAGCUUCAUUAAUGAUAAUUUCGAUUUAACGGAAGAAAUUAAACGAAAGUAUAAGAAAUUAUUUGAAGAUGGUGACAUGUUGGAGGAUAAUAUGAGUAAUGAUCAACCGGAUGAAAGUGAAGAUAGUUCUGAUCGCAAAGACAAUACAAAUGCAGAUUCUGAUGAUAUUAUGUCUCUUCUCUCUAUGCCCUCGACUCGUGAAAAACAAAGUAAACAAGUUGGUGAAGAAAUUCUAGAGCUUUUAACAAAACCUACUGCCAAAGAACGUUCAGUGGCGGAAAAAUUUAAAUCUCAUGGUGGUGCACAAGUCAUGGAAUUUUGUCCUCAUGGCACUAAAAUAGAAUGUCUCAAAGCACAACAGGCCACGGCAGAACUGGAAGCCAAGAAAAAGAGAGAACAAAUAGAAAGCCAACACAAAAUUAAAGCACAAAAAAGAUUGGCGGCGGCAGCUGAUGACAGUAACUCCGAGAGUGCCGGUAUUGAAGAUUUAGCUGUAAAACGCUUAAAAUCGAGUGCAGAUGGUGAGGACGAGGAAUCAAAUGAAGAAAUUGAAACAAAGGCCAAUGACUCGGGAGCGGAAGAUGGUGAGAUUGUGGCGGAUAAUACAAAAGACGAUGACGCCGAUGAAGUGGAAACAAAUGUUGAGAAUCUUCCACUUUUGAAUAAAUGCACCAAAUUGCAUUUUAAGAAAAUCAUCCAAUCACACACGGACGAGUCUUUGGGAGAUUGUAGUUUCUUGAAUACUUGUUUUCAUAUGGCCACCUGUAAAUAUGUGCACUACGAAGUAGAUACUCUACCCAAUAUUAAUACGAAUAAACCGACCGAUGUAAAAACCAAUAGAUGUAUUAAACGUAGUGUAGAUCCUAGUGUAACUUUGUAUCCACCUCAAUGGAUACAAUGUGAUUUACGUUUCUUAGAUAUGACUGUAUUGGGUAAAUUUGCGGUCGUUAUGGCAGAUCCACCAUGGGAUAUUCACAUGGAAUUGCCUUACGGCACUAUGUCUGAUGAUGAAAUGAGACAAUUAGGUGUGCCCGCCUUGCAAGAUGAUGGUUUAAUAUUUCUUUGGGUUACCGGUCGAGCCAUGGAACUGGGCCGUGAAUGUUUAAUGUUAUGGGGUUAUGAACGUGUGGAUGAACUAAUUUGGGUUAAAACCAAUCAAUUGCAACGUAUUAUACGUACAGGCCGUACCGGUCACUGGCUCAACCAUGGCAAAGAACAUUGUUUGGUGGGCAUGAAAGGCAACCCGAAAAAUCUUAAUCGUGGCUUGGAUUGUGAUGUCAUAGUCGCCGAAGUCCGGGCUACUUCUCAUAAGCCCGACGAAAUUUAUGGUAUCAUAGAACGUCUUAGUCCGGGUUCACGUAAAAUCGAAUUAUUUGGCCGUCCCCACAAUGUUCAACCUAAUUGGAUUACAUUGGGCAAUCAAUUGGACGGCAUACGUCUGGUGGAUCCUGAGCUAAUAACACAAUUCCAAAAACGUUAUCCGGAUGGUAAUUGUAUGGCACCAGCUACGACUAGUGUAACUAAUCCUACAGCUAAAAAGUAAAAAAAAUGUGUGAAAUUUGUUUACUUUAAUAAAGAAAUAGUAAAGUGUUUUUUAUUCGAUUU